AUGGCGCAGUUUGUGCCGCGCCAGGUGUUUCCCCACUAUGGGGCCAUUCCAAGGUCCUACUUCUUAGGUCACCACCGGGCUGGACUAAGCAAGAUGAAGAACAUGUUAUCUUCGAUCGACUAUGUUGUCGAAUGCCGGGAUUACCGGGCACCUGUCACAUCCAUCAAUCCUAUGUUUGAGGAGGCGCUGGGCAAAAAAAGGCGACUCGUUGUUUAUACCAAGCGAGACCUCGGCAGCAUUCCCCAGUCGCCUGCGCGACAAGUCAUAGAAAGAAAAGUGCGAAGCUUCGACCCCACGAGCGCCGUUUUCUUCGUUAGCACUUCCACCCGUGCGGACGUCGCCCAGAUUAUCAAACACCUGCGAAAUGAUGCUGAAGCACCAGAUAAACUGGUGGGAUGCCGCGUCAUGGUGGUCGGUAUGCCUAAUGUUGGAAAGUCGACACUUAUCAACCACCUACGAAAUCACGGCGUGGGCAAGGCAAAGGCUUUGAAGACUGGGGGUCAACCUGGUAUUACACGAAAAAUCGCGAGCCCCGUAAAGAUCAUCGAGCGGGAGAACGGAUCCCAUGUCUAUGUGCUUGAUACGCCGGGUGUUUUCAUGCCCUACGUCGCGGAUGCGGAGAACAUGCUCAAGCUAGCACUAUGUGGCUGUGUCAAGGACGCUGUCAUAUCACCCGUCACCCUGGUCGAUUACUUGUUAUAUAAGGUCAACUUGCAUGAUACGCAGGCGUAUAAGCGUUGGUCUGAGCCCACUAACGAGGUCAUGCCAUUACUUGAGAGCUUUGCGCAACAGACCGGGUUACUUGGAAAGGGUGGGGUACCCAAUAUAGAUGGUGCAGCACUCCAUUUCAUACAGAAAUGGCGGGCAGGAGAACUCGGUCGAUUCAUGCUCGAUGAUCUAGAUGAGGAGCAACGACGUCGGGACGAUCCUGAACAAACUGCACGACUGAGUAUGUCUCAGGCGUUGAAAAUCGAGAGGACGACUCGAAAGAACAAGUCGGAUGUAAAUAGCAACUCCUCUUUAUAA